AUGGACAAAUCUGUCACUCAAGGUCUGGGGCAAAGGACCCUCGAGGUCCCGGCCCAAGGAGGAGGAAAAAGAACCCUCCAGGUGACCCACCACACGACAUUAAUGGAGAUGGGCCCAGUGCGCUGCCGCAUUAUUGUGGCGACAUACUUCCUCCAGGUGCAUGGCAUCUGGGUUCUCCACCCAGAAGACCGUAUGGUCUUCCUGGUGGAGAACCCGGGGUCUAUGUACCCAGUGGAGUGCGUGAGCGUCUUCCCAUGGACCACCAACCAGCCACCACCGUAG